AUGGUUAAUUUUAUCAACCCCUGUAACUAGACAUGUCAUCAUCUCCGUUAAUCUAGCAAGAAAAAAGUUUGGACAAAAACUUUCACACUUCACUCCCCUCUUAUCUCUCUUCUGCAACUUGUUUUUGCGUCAAAAUCUCCCGCGAAAGGUAGAGUUUCAGUAGAUCUGGGAGAGUUAAAGAGUAGAUCCGUUGAAAACCGUAACCCUUAAAAACCCUCUCUUGAGAAAUGGAAGAGGCAUUAGAAAUGGCGAGAUCAAAGGAUACUAAAGAGAGAAUGGCUGGAGUUGAAAGAGUUCAUUCAUUAUUAGAAGCAUCUAGAAAAAGCAUGACAUCAAUGGAAAUUACUAGUUUGGUUGAUUGUUGUUUAGAUCUUUUGAAAGAUAAUAAUUUUAGGGUUUCACAAGGUGCUUUACAAGCAUUAGCUUUUGCUGCUGUAUUGUCUGGUGAACAUUUGAAAUUACAUUUCAAUUCACUUGUUCCUGCUGUUGUUGAGAGAUUAGGUGAUGCUAAACAACCUGUAAGGGAUGCUGCUCGUAGUCUUCUACUUACUCUGAUGGAGGUAUCAUCUCCGACAAUCAUUGUUGAAAGAGCUGGUUCUUAUGCCUGGACACACAAAAGCUGGAGAGUUAGGGAAGAAUUUGCACGGGCUGUCACAUCAGCUAUUGGGCUUUUUGCAUCUACUGAGCUUCCCCUUCAACGAGUUAUACUUCCUCCGAUCUUGCAGAUGUUAAAUGACUCGAAUCAUGCUGUAAGAGAAGCAGCUGUAUCAUGUAUUGAGGAGAUGUAUACACAAGUUGGGCCUCAGUUUCGCGAAGAAUUGCAGCGUUAUAAUCUCCCAACAUUUAUGGUUAAGGAUAUUAAUGCCAGGUUAGAGAAAAUUGAACCAAAGACUCGCAGCUCAGAUGGACAUGUAGCACAAAUGAAGUCUGCGAAUGUUAACCAGAAAAGGAGCAGUCCUAAGGCUAAGAAUUCAACUCGUGAAAUUUCUCUUGCUGGAGGUGCAGGAGAAAGUGAUGUGGUGGAAAAGCCUGUAGAUCCUAUAAAAGUGUACUCCGAGAAGGAGCUAGUUAGGGAAUUUGAUAAGAUUGGGUCUAUUCUUGUUCCGGAGAAAGACUGGUCUGUCCGAAUAGCUGCCAUGCAAAGAGUGGAAGGCCUUAUCUUUGGAGGUGCUACUGAUUAUCCAUGUUUCCCUGCACUUUUGAAGCAGCUUGUUCCACCCCUUAGCACACAACUGUCUGAUCGGCGCUCAAGUAUAGUAAAGCAGGCUUGUCAUCUCUUGAGCUUGUUAUCUAAGGAGCUUCUCGGGGAUUUUGAGGCUUGUGCUGAAAUGUUCAUUCCAGUAAGUUCAUCUUUUCUCUUGCGUAGUGCUGCUGGCUUUGUAUCCUUCUUAACUGAGACUCUGGUUAUUAUGUUUCAGGUUCUAUUUAAGCUCGUAGUAAUAACUGUACUCGUGAUUGCUGAGUCUGCAGAUAACUGCAUAAAAACGAUGUUGCGCAACUGUAAAGUUGCACGUGUACUUCCCCGUGUAGCUGACUGUGCGAAGAAUGAUCGCAGUGCUAUACUUCGUGCCAGGUGUUGCGAAUACGCUCUUCUGAUUUUGGAGUACUGGGCUGAUGAGCCUGAGAUACAAAGAGCGGCUGAUCUUUAUGAAGAUCUUAUUAAAUGUUGUGUGGGGGAUGCAAUGAGUGAGGUACGGUCUACUGCAAGAACUUGCUAUCGCAUGUUCACAAAAACCUGGCCAGAACGUUCUCGACGUCUAUUUUCCUCUUUUGAUCCUGUGAUUCAAAGGAUAAUAAAUGACGAGGAUGGGGGUGUGCACAGACGAUAUGCUUCUCCAUCACUGCGGGAAAGGGGCGUGCCGGCAUUGCGCACUCCAUCUCAAGCACCUGCUUCUACUGGAUAUGGAACAUCUGCAAUUGUCGCAAUGGAUAGAUCUGCAAGCGUGAACUCCAGUACAUCUGUUUCUUCUGGUUUGCUUCUAUCACAAGCAAAAUCACUUGGAAAAGGUACUGAACGGAGCCUUGAAAGUGUUCUCCAUGCAAGUAAACAAAAGGUUACUGCUAUUGAGAGCAUGCUGAGAGGUCUUGAAAUGUCUGACAAACACAAUUCUUCUACUAUGCGGUCAACAAGCUUGGAUCUAGGAGUUGACCCUCCAUCAGCUCGUGACCCACCAUUUCCAGCCUCUGUUUCUGCUUCAAACCAUUUGACAAAUUCCGUGUUUGCGGAUUCAACUGUUUCUAAUAUAUCUAGAGGUAGUAGUCGAAAUGGUGGUUCUAUGGUGUCAGAUUUCAUCAAUCCUCAGAGUCAUUGUUCCAAAGAUCCACGUACAUAUUCAUAUCUCAGUAAUGCUGGAAGUGAGACUUUAUCAGCUUUAUCGUUGUCGUAUACAGCAAAAAGAGGUUCUGAAAGGCAGCAAGAAGUAAGUUCCUUCGAAGACAAUACAAAUAACAGGGCAAGCAGGCGAUAUGUGGCAUCACACAUGGACAAGACAUACCUUGACACACCCUAUAAAGAUGCUAACUUUAGGGAUUCUCAUAAUAGUUACGUUCCCAAUUUCCAGCGGCCACUUUUGAGGAAACCUGUCACUGCACGGGUUUCUGCAAGCAGCAGAAACAGUUUUGAUGAUAGUCAGCUAGCACAUAAUGACAUGGGAAACUAUGUGGAUGGUCCAGCAUCUCUAAAUGAUGCUUUGACUGAGGGCCUAAGUCCAACUUCCGAUUGGUCUGCUAGAGUUGCUGCUUUCAAUUUUCUAAGGACUUUGCUGCAACAAGGACCAAGGGGUAUUCAAGAAGUCACACAGAGUUUUGAGAAGGUCAUGAAACUGUUCUUUCACCACUUGGAUGACCCUCACCAUAAAGUUGCACAAGCAGCCCUUUCAACAUUAGCAGAGAUCAUUCCAGCCUGCAGAAGGCCUUUCGAAAGCUAUAUGGAGAGGAUCUUACCGCAUGUCUUCUCACGGUUAAUUGAUCCGAAGGAGUUAGUACGCCAACCGUGCACCACAACUUUGAAAAUUGUGAGCAAAGCUUAUGGAGUGGAUUCUCUUUUACCUGCAUUGCUUCGUUCGUUGGAUGAGCAGAGGUCACCAAAAGCUAAAUUAGCUGUUAUUGAGUUUGCUAUCAAAUCUUUCAAUAAGCAUGCAGUGAAUUCUGAAUCCGGGAAUAGUGGUAUUCUAAAACUUUGGCUGGCCAAGUUAGCACCUUUGGUACACGAUAAAAAUACAAAACUAAAGGAAGCCGCUAUUACUUGCAUUAUAUCAGUAUUUACCCAUUUUGAUUCCACAUCAGUCCUCAACUUUAUUCUCAGUUUAUCAGUUGAGGAACAAAAUUCCAUCAGACGAGCACUGAAGCAGUACAGCCCGCGUAUAGAGGUUGACCUUAUGAAUUUUGUACAAAGCAAGAAAGAGAGACAGCGUUCCAAAUCUUUCUAUGACCAGUCAGAUAUUGUUGGAACUUCUUCCGAAGAGGGAUACACUGUAGUUUCAAAGAAAAGCAACUUUUUUGGAAGAUAUUCUGCAGGUUCUGUUGAUAGCGAUGGUGUCAGGAAAUGGAAUUCCCUGCAGGAGUCAUCCCAAAACACAGUGUCUGCUGGUCAAGCUGCUUCUGAUGAAACUCAUGAGAACAUCUAUCGCAGUUUCGAGGCUGGUUCCAAAAAGGGUGUUCCUAUUUCUGCAAGCAAGGAUCUGAUGUACGACGCCAGUACCUCAGCUGAAAACAGAACAUCCUGGACAACGCAGCCUGAAACUGUAGAUCAUAGCCUGUGUUUGGAGAGUUCUUUGUCAACUCCACGUGUAGAUAUAAACAGGUACAUGGCCUCCGAUCUUGGAGGGAUGACUGAAUUGAAGCCUGCGAAUGAAAGUUCUCCCGAAGCAGUCUCUAGUCUUGAGAAGCUUUCACCUGUUAAAGUCAGCUCUUCACCUGAAUCUGGCCCUAGUAUUCCUCAGAUUCUUCAUCAGGUGUCUAAUGGAAAUGAUGGGGAUGCAAGCAUAAGGAAACGCGGGGCACUUCAGCAGUUGGUUGAAGUUUCUCUGGUCAAUGAGGGCUCCAUUUGGACGAAGUACUUCAAUCAGAUCUUAACUGUUGUACUUGAGGUGCUUGACGAUUCUGAUUCAUCGAUUAGGGAACUUGCUCUUUCUGUUAUUGUUGAAAUGCUUAAUAAUCAGAAAGAAUCCAUGGAAGAUUCAGUUGAGAUUGUAAUUGAAAAACUGCUUCAUGUUACCAAGGAUACCGUUGCAAAGGUUUCAAGUGAAGCAGAGCAGUGUUUAACUUUAGUUUUGUCUCAGUAUGAUCCAUUCAGAUGCCUAACUGUUAUUGUGCCCUUAUUAGUCAGUGAAGAUGAGAAGACUCUUGUUACUUGCAUUAACUGUCUGACCAAGCUUGUGGGCCGGCUCUCACAACAAGAAUUAAUGACGCAGUUGCCCUCAUUUCUUCCUGCCCUUUUUGAUGCAUUUGGGAAUCAGAGUGCUGAUGUCCGCAAGACUGUCGUUUUCUGUUUGGUGGACAUCUAUAUUAUGCUUGGAAAAUCUUUCUUGCCGUACUUGGAAGGGCUUAAUAGUACGCAAUUGAGGUUGGUGACCAUCUAUGCUAACCGAAUUUCUCAGGCCAGAUCAGGCACCACGAUAGAUGCAAAUCACGGUUAGAUGGUCCUUGUUAUAGUUACAAUGGCGGAGAAUGGUGUCUAUUGGGGUUUGUUUGUUUGUUUGUUUGUUUGUUUGUUUGUUUAUUGGGGUUGGAGUGUUAUUAUUCAUUCAUGUAUUUUUAUGUAUAUUGUGUGAAUUGUUGUCAAUUUCAUUGGGUUUGUUUUGGGUGUUUCUUGAGCUUGGUUUUGUUCCAGGUGCUUUAUGCGGUUUCUAGUGAAACAAAAAAUUAAUGAAGUAUAUUGACAGAACCAUUCUGUACAAAUACGACUGGUUCUUAAAAUUCACCUUCCAGAUACUGUUAAAAGAGUUUGUAAGGAUUGUUAUGAAGUAUGAACUCGUUUGAAAAAAAUAUGAACUGUGUUUGAAA